GUGGAGAAGCAACAGCGAAGUGGUAGAUCGGUCGCCCAUCGUAUCGAACCCAUCCCCGACAGCCCCCAACCCCUCGUCCCGCUGCUGCCGCCCGCCGUCGCCACGGCAACCUGCCCCGUGGCGCCAUCUAUCGAGGAGCAGCUGAAGCAGAAGCUGAAGAUCAGCCCGCGCGGCGCGGAAGCCGGCGGCGCCCUCUCGCGGGACGAGGAGGCCGACGCGGGCGCGUGGCGCCGCCUGCUGGCGGAGGGGGAGACGGCGGGGACGUCGAGGGAGCCCGACGGGGAUGAGUGGGCUUCGAGAGAGCUCAUUAAUCCGGCGGCGUUUGAGAUGGGCGGCGGCGGAGGAGGAGGAAGAGGAGGAGGAGGAGGAGGAGGCAGCGUUCUGCAGAGCUCCAUCGACGAGCAGCUGAGAACGAUGGCUGCUGUCGCCACGACGACGACGACGCAGCAGCAGCAGCAGCAGCAGCAGGUGGUGGCAGCAGCAGCAGCAGUAGGGAGCGGCGGCGGAGGCGGUGCGGCCGCAUCGACCCUGCUGGACAUCACGACCCUGCUGACCCCGUCUGCGUUCGUGCAGCAGACGCCUAGCUGGCUGGCGGCGGCAGAACCUGCCGUCUGCUCAGACCUGAUAGGUAAGUAACACACUCACGCACGCACGCACACGCACGCACGCACGCACGCACGCACACCCCGUCUGCGUUCGU